AUGAUCUUCAGGGAAUUUCUGGUUCUGGCCUUGGUGCUCAUCUAUGUAGAAGCCCAAAAUACAUGCGAACUUAUCGAAUGGACUGGAGGCCACUUUGACUGGCCCACUGAUACCACCAAAUCGAUGUACAAAUCCUCGGGUAGGUAUAUUCCCAAAAACGUAAUUGCCACCAGAGCUCAAGUGUACAAAGAUGAUGUAUUCGUAGCACUGCCAAGAUACAAACCAGGAGUCCCUCUAACUUUAGGAAAGAUCGGAUUAAAACAUAAAGGUUGCGAAGCUGUUAUUGAACCAUUCCCUUGCUGGGCUUCACAAGAAGAAGGGGACUGUAAUGCUUUGCAGUCUGUUGUUGAUAUCUACUUGGAUGAAAACAACAUUUUGUGGGUACUCGAUACAGGUGUUGUUAACUCCUUGGAAACACCCAUGCGUAGAUCUCCUCCUAAAGUUGUUGCUAUUAAUAUUCUCAACGGAAAGAAAGUUAAAACUUUGGACUUAUGCGGAUUGGUAGCCCAAGCUUCCAGAUUGCAAUAUUUGGUCGUGGAGUACGCACCUGAUGGCAGACCGUUCGUUUACGUUAGUGACGCAGCCACAAGAUCAAUCUUGGUCUUCGAUGUAGCUGGAAACAAGGGAUACAGAGUGGUUCUUCCAAAAUUGGUAUCUAGCUGUAGAAGAGAUGUACUAUAUAUUGCACUUGUCCACAAGCCACACUGCUGUAACUUCUUAGUCAUCACUUAUUUAUCGGGAUCAAGAAUCUUCCAGAUCCGGACCGACUACUUGAGAGCUGGUUGCGCAGCUGGAAAGAUACAAGAUCUCGGACCUAAAGGAGGAAAGAUCGUAAUUUUGGGAACAGAUUUGGGAUCUUGCAUAUUCUUCAGAUUUGAGGGCAAACCUGAAAUUUAUAGAUGGGAAGUUUGUCCGUACUUUAAAGAUUAUGAAUUAGUCUACAAAUCUCCUGAAAACUAUCUUGCCACCCAGGCUUUCCCCGACGUAGGAAGAAGGAGAAUUAGAGUAUUAGAGAGCAAUUUCCCAGAUUAUAUUCAAAAUACUGUUGGAUGUGGUGCUUCUCAAAGAGUUGCUAUUAUGAUUAGCCCCAUAAACUAA